AUGUAUCCAAAUAUCGGAUCAGGUUCAUCAUAUCCAUCGGCACCACCACCACCAUCUACUUCAACAUCAAAUACUUCUACAUUAGGUAAUACAGGGGCACCAAAACCUGUUGGAUUUUCUAGUCUAAUGGCACAACCAAAUAAUCAAGCUACUCCUUAUCCAGGUGGACAAGCAUCACAAACACCAUAUCCACCAGGUGCUCCACCAUCAUCAUCGUCAUCUUAUACUAAUCCUUAUGCAUCAAAUAAUCAACCACCAAAUUCAAAUAAUUUUUCACCAUAUUCUCUCCCACAAAUGGGGCAACAGCCUCCACCACCACCAUCACAACAAGGAGGUAGUAAUUUUCAACAAAGUCCUUAUCCUCCACAAUCAAGUCCUUAUCCAAGCUCAAAUCCAUCAGCUGGAUAUCCAGGAAAUCCAAAUUCAAAUCCAUCAGCUGGUGGUUAUCCAGGAAAUCAACCUCCACAAGGUAAUGCAGGUUUUCAAAAUCCAUACGCUGCAUCAAAUCCUUAUCAACCACAACAAGGUAAUCCUGGCAAUCAAAAUCCUUAUCGACCAGCAAAUCCUUAUGCUGCACCACAGGGAAAUGCUGGCUUUCAAAAUCCAUAUCAAUCGCAACAAGGCGGUUAUCCUCAACAACAACCAUACAAUCCACAACAACAACAACAAUAUCCAAAUCCUCAACAAGCUCCAGGUGGAGGAUUUAAUCCAAACUCAUUUGGUGGAGCACCAGGUGGAGCCCCAGGUGGUCCUGUUAAUGAUCGUAUUCGAGCCAUAGCUGGUCGAUAUGAAAUAAAUGAUCAAUUAGCUCAACGUUUAAAUAUUCUUCAACAAUUUGAAAUUGUUGUUCUUUGUGAUGAUUCCGGUUCAAUGAAUACACCAGUUGAUGGAACAAAUGGUACUCGUUGGGAUGAAUUACGAUCUAUUGUACAAAUAAUUAUUGAAAUCGGUGCCGUAUUUGAUUCUAAUGGUGUUGAUGUACAUUUUCUUAAUCGUCCAUCAAUGCCUAGCGUAACAGAUUCUCGACAAGUUAUGGAAUCAUUUAGCCAACGUCCAGCAGGUUUAACACCAUUAACAACAUCAUUAAGACGAAUCUUUCAAUCUGCAGCAAGUAAACCUGGUAGUGAUAAACGUUUACUUGUAUUCGUUGCUACAGAUGGAGCACCAACAGAUCCUAAUGGAAAUGUUGAUAUACA